UUAAGACAUUGACCGAGGCUGUUAGCCUAGUUCACAGAGCCAGAGGCAGCGGCCAGGCGGGUGGUGGGUGUCUGUGACCGUCUCCGCUGCCUCCGGUUAAACUAGAGCGCCGUGUCCGUGAACUAGUUCACGUCUGACGGGUGAAGAGAUGCCAUGGCCUGCUUGUUUGGGCUCGACCUCAUAACAGAGGAUGUUGGUCGUGUUAGCGGCGGACACGUGUGAUGCUGAGCGGUACCGCGAGGCGUUUAUCCUGGCCGCCUUUCAAGACAGAUGGCGUUCCGGAAAGCAGUAAAGGGAACCCUGAUAGGGGGCGGAGCCAUAGCCACAGCUUUUGGCCUAUCGCAGUUCUUUGAGUACAGGAGGAAUCAGCCUAAAUGGGCUCGUUUGGCCUACGUGGAAGCAGAGGGCCAGAUGAAGAUGCCAUUUGAAGACAAGCUGCCGACCCGUCAGGAACAGCUCGCUACACUCCAGAACACGCCAGAAUUCGACGUCUUGGUGGUGGGAGGCGGAGCCACAGGAGCAGGAUGUGCCUUAGAUGCAGUCACACGCAAUCUGAAGACGGCCCUGGUGGAAAGGAGUGAUUUCUCAUCGGGAACCAGCAGCAGGAGCACCAAGCUCAUUCACGGAGGAGUGCGCUAUCUGCAGAAGGCCAUCAUGAAGCUAGAUUACGAACAGUACAUGAUGGUGAAGGAGGCCCUCCAUGAACGUGCUAACCUGCUGGAAAUCGCUCCUCACCUGUCUGCUCCACUACCCAUCAUGCUUCCUGUUUACAAGUGGUGGCAGCUGCCGUAUUACUGGGCUGGGAUAAAGAUGUAUGAUCUGGUGGCCGGAUCUCACUGCCUGAAGAGCAGCUAUGUCCUCAGCAAGAGCAAAGCCCUGGAGCUCUUCCCCAUGCUGAAGAAGGACAAGCUGGUUGGAGCCAUUGUCUACUAUGAUGGUCAGCACAACGAUUCCCGGAUGAAUCUGGCCAUUGCUCUGGCCGCAGCCCGCUACGGUGCUGCCAUAGCCAACUACACAGAGGUAGUCCGGCUACUGAAAAUGACCGACUCGGCCACAGGAAAGGAGCGAGUGUGUGGCGCCCGGUGCCGAGAUGUCACCACAGGCCAGGAGUUUGACGUCCGUGCCAAAUGUGUCAUCAACGCCACGGGGCCGUUCACCGACUCACUGCGCAAAAUGGACAACCAGGAAACUGCCAACAUCUGCCAGCCCAGUGCUGGAGUCCACAUUGUCAUCCCUGGAUACUACAGCCCUGACAACAUGGGGCUGCUGGACCCUGCCACAAGCGAUGGUCGUGUCAUCUUCUUCCUACCCUGGGAGAAGAUGACUAUUGCUGGGACAACAGACACACCCACUGAUGUCACAGCCCACCCUAUCCCCAUGGAGGAGGACAUCAACUUCAUCCUGAGUGAAGUUCGCAAUUACCUCAGUCCUGACGUGGAAGUGCGGAGGGGAGACGUCCUGGCAGCCUGGAGCGGCAUUCGUCCGCUAGUGACUGACCCGAACUCCAAAGACACGCAGUCCAUUUGCCGCAACCACGUCGUCAGCAUCAGCAAUACUGGCCUGGUCACCAUCGCUGGUGGUAAAUGGACCACCUAUCGCUCCAUGGCAGAGGAGACCCUAGAUGCUGCAAUAAAGGAGCAUAAGCUUCCAGCUGGCCCCAGCAGAACCAUGGGACUGAUGCUGGAAGGGGGGAAAGACUGGACACCUACACUCUACAUUAGACUGGUCCAAGAUUAUGGCCUGGAGAACGAGGUGGCCCAACACUUGGCAGCUACCUAUGGAGGGAGAGCCUUUGAGGUAGCCAAGAUGGCCCAGGUCACAGGAAAGAGAUGGCCAAUUGUGGGCAAACGUCUUGUGUCUGAAUUCCCCUAUAUAGAGAGUGAGGUGAUCUAUGCGAUAAAGGAGUAUGCCUGCACAGCCAUUGAUGUGAUUGCACGGAGAACACGGCUGGGUUUCCUGAACGUCCAGGCUGCAGACGAAGCUCUCCCACGCAUUGUGAAGAUCAUGGCCAAACAACUGGACUGGAGUGAGCAGAAGAAGAAAGAGGAACUGGAGGCAGCCAAGACGUUUCUGUAUCAGGAGAUGGGCUACAAAGCUCGUUCUGAGCAGCUCACCAAGACCACAGAGAUUUCACUCACUCCACAGGAAGUGGCCAGGUACAAGAAGCGCUUUUACAAAUUUGACAAAGAGAGCAAAGGUUUCAUCACUACGCUGGAUGUACAGCAUGUUCUAGAGAGACUCAGCAUCCAGAUUGAUGAGAACGCACUCCACGAGAUCCUCAACGAGGUCGAUCUGAAUAAGAACGGACAGGUGGAACUGGACGAGUUUCUGCAGCUCAUGAGCGCAGUGCAGAGGGGCCAAAUCUCGGACAGCCGAUUAGCUAUCCUGAUGAAGACCGCCGAAGAGAGUCUGGACCUGAGGGGGCCGGUGUCCGUGGACCGCAGUGGCGGAGGCGUGUGAGUGCCACCCCUCCAACGUGCGCCAGCUGCGAAAAGGUGACCGCUUACUGUCCAAACACGUUGCAAACAGUCAUCUGCCUUCCACUGUUGUUCGAAAACAUUCCUUAUUUUUUUAUGCUGCUUUGCGUUUAUUUUAAUGAGCACAACUGCAAUUAUUUAAUAGUGAGUUAAGUGUGUUUAAUCUUCUGUAAUAAUAUAUUCUAACAUUUCUAAAGUGGAUUCUGCUCGUUUCAUUUCUUUACCUUCUUGCACUGGACUAUACUGCCCAUGCAAGCAGUGCCAUGUUGUGCUUUCUGCUGGUCAUUGUGGGCAGUUAUCUGUGUCCUAAAGUACUGAGCUUUUCUGCUGUGCCAUUUGUACAUGUGUGAUGAAAGCAUGGAGGGGCAUGUGCACUGUAUGUGGAGCUACUGUGAUGCACAUAGCAAACUUGCACUUUCUGUAGGUCUUCUCAAGGUUACACAUGCUACUGUGUGUUUACUGCUCUAAACUGCAACCGCCGAUUCGACAAUAGAUGUUUCAGCGCUCCUCCCACGUCACUGUUAUCUUUAUAUUUUGUCUUUUCUAAGGAGAUGAAUAUUUAUUGAUAAUCUAGCGACUCUGUCCUUUGCUGAAUAUGCCAUGCUGUGGUCCUGGACAGUGUUUUUUCGCAGUGCUGAAUGUAAUUUUGAUACUGUAUUAACAAUUUUGCCUGAAUACGCACAGUUUUUUAAUACCGUUCAUGUAUGACAUUGUCUUUUAUUUAACCAAAGUUAAUGAUAAUGAAUGCUUCACUGUGUCUGUUGAUCUAUGGGUAGUAUAAACCCUUGUUUUGUAUUUCUUUCGAUGUUUAGAGGGUUACUGGAAGUUUAUCUGGUUAUACUCACAUAAUGCUACUGGUAUCAUUAAGAAGAGACUUAUUUCCUGCUAACUUUAAGGAUUUAGAACGUAUUAAGUAUUUUAUGUGCCUUGUUUCCUAUGGUUUCCUAUGAACACUAUAAAUGAACCUGGCAUGCUGAAAAGCACACACACACCCUUUUUUAAACCCUUUAUCCAACAAUGUAUUUUCUUAUGUGAACUGUAUUGUGUCUGUAUUUGCAGUUAUGAGAAUCACUACUUUAACGUGUAUCUUGUGAAUCAGAUGUUAAGGUUUUGUUAAAGAAAUGGUUCAGCAAAAAAUCUGAUUUGCCCAGUUUCACUCCAGAUGUAGACAUUAGCCAAGGCGUGUUUGGUGUCUCUAGAUAGCCACUAGAUAUCAACAAACCUCGAUAAAAACAUCCCCAACAUUCCUCUCAGACGACACCCCGGUCUUCAUUAAGAUCACAUAGUGAUUUAGAGGACGUUACAACCGAACUGCAGCUCCCUCUCCCACAGAACGUGGACGCAAGAUUUAUUUAUUUGUCGUUUUUGUUCAGUUGAACUUCUUUUAAUAUUAAUAGAACAACAUUUAACAUACAUUAAUUUCAGCAUGUAAUAUGUAAUGUAAUAAUGAAAUCCUUAUUUGUAAAUAUAUCAGAAAUGUGAUCUAUCUGCAUGAUGUGCAUGCAAGGGCUGUGGGAAGUGAGGUCCUGAGGGUGAGAUUUCAGUUUUACAACUUUGUCUCAUUAUUAUUAUUAUUAUUUGCAAUUCUUAACGUUAUAGUAAUUUGACUGUAGUAAUGACUGAGUUUGUAUUUUAUAUCCGCAGUAUUUCUGCAGUGUUUAUAAAUAAGCAAAGGCAUAUUUUUAUUAAAGUAAGCCAAAAAUUGCUGGACAGCUUGGGGGCUUGUUGCUAAAAUACAUGCAUGUUGAUGUGCAAAGAGGGACAGUUUAUGCAGAGUUACAGGCUAGAUAUGAGCCUCAAAGCAGCCCAAUGUUUUUUUUUUAAGUAAAGCAGCCUAAUAUUAUUUUUUUAAGUAAAGAAAAACAAUAAAGUAAUAAUGAUGUUUUAUCAAACGGUGGUUCUGCAGCUCAGCUAGGUAAGAAUCAAUGACCUCAUUACAUAUCAACAGUCUGACUGGACAGCCGCUUAGUUCAUUUGACUACAGGUUGUCCAGAACGAGACAGCAGAGCGAUGACGUGCAUCUGCAGACUGAUGUGUCAGCCGUGUGUAAACAUCAUCUUCAUAUUGUUGUAACCAAAAGAUGACACAUUCUGUAAAUUAGCAUCAUUUUUCAUGAUGUCAUCAUUCACAUCACAUAUACGCCACUGAAAAUCUCAGCACCUCCAACUUAAAAAACCUUCCCGCGUCCUUGUAUGUUAGAAUUCAACACUACACCUGUUGUUUAAAUGACCCACGACGAGCUACACUGUGGAGGGAUAUUCAUUUUUGUAGUUCAGUGUAAAUCAUAACGUGGUUUUGCUGUUAUUUAUCACUCUUAACGUAGUGGCUCAGCCUCAUAGCAGCCUCUGCUGCCUCACCUGUUCACACUACAUCCACUCUUCCAUAGCACUCCACCAUCCACCACCAAGCUGAGGAAAUAAACGUUCCUCACAUCAUAACCAUAAUUGUUUUCAUAACCAUUAUUUAUGCAAGUUCAUUCUACUGACACACACAAAACCUACCUAUAGUUCAGUUGUAGAGCUGACAACUUGUUGAAUAACUUCAGUGAGUGGACGUCAGGCUGGUGAGGUGCACACAGUGAAAACAGUGACCCACAGAAACAGCUGAAUGGCACAUUUUUAUCAGCGUCACACACAUCAAACUACAGAUGAACAACACAGGAACCCUUUAACAAGCAGCCUGUUCAAAACACUAUCAGCUCAGCUUUCAGCCUUCACCACUAAAUAUGUCACUGCUGUCGGAACAAAACCUCGUAUCUCCAUUUUUGUCAUUUUGAGUUACCGGCCCAUAGGAAACUUGGAGACUUGGAAAGAUGUCUGGUUCCAUUGACUUACAUUAAAAGUGAAGUAGGUUUUUAAUGUCUCCUGUAAAGUGACCAUUUUGGAGAUACAAGGUUUUGUUCCGAUAACAGCAAUUUGAAA